AUGUCUCGGUGCACCGGCCGGCAAGCCUGCAAACCGACCAAGUGGUACCUCUUCCCUCCGUCCCUGUGGGAGCAGUUAAUCCACAUUUGUCAGUAUCAUCCGAAUGGGUAUCAUCAACGUCAGCAUCAUCAUGCCCAACCAAGUAAACAGGCCCGGAGUCUGGCGCCGGCCAGGCAGGGCUGGUUACCUCUUUUCGUGCACAUUCCCUCGGGCCGAAGUUCAAGUGUCGGCCGGUCACUUUGUGCUCUCCUGCGCCGCCGGGCCUACGUGGGUGUGAAAUAUGGGCCAAUUUGUGCUGUGUUUACCGGUACGUGA